GUUAAUAUCUCCGUAUGAAGUUACUACCUUCAUUCCAACAAAACAGACUUCUACCAUGGAUGAUGUUAAGGUGAUGUGCAUGAAAGACCCCAACUACAAUUUAACCAUCAAAGAUGGCAGGGUGGUUUUUGCUCGCGCUUCUUCAAAUGCAUGUCAGCACUGGUGCAAGCAUGAGGAAUAUGCCAAGGGAAAGGUGGACAAAUAUGGCCGCAAAGCAUUUGCUCUUGUUAAUAAUGGUACUGGUCAGGCCCUGAAACAUUAUGCAGACGGUAAACAUGUGGAGCUGGUGGACUUCGAUCCCAGUGAUUUGGACGAGUCUCUACUUUGGACGGAUGGAUCUUCGUGGGGCAAAGGUUAUAGUCCUAUCUGGAUGAUUAACAAUGUUAAUAUGAAUUUGCAAGCUAAAGAUGGGGUUGUCCAUAGUGGCUCUACAGUUCAGAUAGCGAAUUGGAAUGGUGGUGGACCUAACCAGCUCUGGAAAAUUGUCCCCUAUUGAGGAGGAAGUCGCUAUGAUAUUGCCAAUAGCCAUCUAUCUACAUAUAUGGAUAUGUGUAUGUAUGUAUGUAUGUAUA